AUAAAGAAAAACGAAAAAGGAAAUAAUGAUGAACUACAGCUUGAAAGAUAAUCCAAAUGCAUUAAUCAAAGAAGAAUUCCAGCAGAAACCUCCUCAGUUACAUUGUUGGUCAUUUUUCAUAAUAUAUUUAGUGCUUAGCCAUAUGGCGUACGUAUAUGCCAUUUUCUUUCGUAACCUGUUUAUUAAGAUUACUAAAUAAAAUAGUUUUAAUAAGUAGCUGGGUUAAUAAUAAACUGCUUAUCACAAUUUAUUGUUUGUAAAUCAUUUUAACAGCCGUACCAAAGGUGAAGCAAACUGGUGGACACGUAGAUUUCCCAUAUACUGCGGGCACAUAUGUAACAAUUGAGUGUGAAGCUCGGGGAUGGCCAAGACCAAAGAUCACAUGGUUGAAGGACAACAAAAGUAUCGCGGACAUAAACCAUAACAAUCAAUACUUGGUAAAAACAAUAUCAAGACAGGAUGACAGGGUAAUUGCCUCACAGUUAAAAAUACUUGCUAUCCAGAAAGAGGAAAGCGGAAUCUACGCAUGUAAAGCAACAAAUGCACUCAAAGUUGUUACAAAGAAUAUAACGGUCUUAGUUGAAGGUAGGUAAUCUCUCCUAAGUAUACUCUAUCCCUUUGCACGCCUCCCCCAAGUUCCUUGCCAAUACUUUUCCAAAUUAGGCUCUUUCCAUGCUUCUGUUUUUAUUCUUCUUUAAUUUUUUUGUGACACACUCCAUGAAACCGUUAUAAUUAAUUUGAGGCACAUGUUUUCCUCAGCUUUUUUGUUUUUCGUUCCUGGUUUUAAAUCAAUUUAUUAUAACGUUUUGAAGCUUAAUUAAAAACAAGUAAGUAAAAAUGUUAUUUUGGUGACCACUGCUGUAGUUUUUUUGAAGUGCUAUUUCUAUUCCGGUUAUAAUCCCCCCGGGGGGUAAUCCCCCUCGGAUAUAAGCCCUCCUAACAGCCCUUACGAAAAUGUAUAAACCUAGGGCUUCUAAGCGGCGGUUUACGCUACGUUUGUCCGCGUGCAUUUUUUGUUGCAGUUUUGAGUGCUGCAGUUUAGAGAUGAAAGACCUUAAGUAUCUGUGUCUUUCCCUUGCACUGAUUCCCGCUUCUGGUCGAGAGUAGACCUUAGUUUCCUUUUUACUUUUUACAUUCGGGAGUUUUAUUCAAUGUUUAGAACCAGAGCUCUUUAAAAUCAGACUGACUGCAGAGGAGCCACAAUAUACUGAGGAAGUUGGCAAAGAUGCAUCUCUGUCCUGUCUUGGUGAACCAGUCAAGAAUGACCCCUUUACUUGGGUUUACUGGGAGUUAAAUGGAACAAGGCUGAACACUUCAACUCACCACUACGAUGAUUCCAGGAUAUAUUCCAACUCAAACAAUGGAGCAACACCUAAAGUCCACAUGAAGCUUAUAAUAUUCAACGUUGAUUAUUCGGAUGAAGGAAACUACACCUGUGUUGUUUAUUCGUUUUCGGAACGUGUUAGUGAUAGCAUUUCACUUCAGAUCAAAGAACUGCAGAAAGGUAUGAAAUAGAUAUGUACAGCGGCUUAGCUUAGGCCAUUUCUCUCUUAUCAGGGGUACUUAGAUCAUACAUGGGAAAAUCCGGAGAUUGUGGUUGGAAAAUCAAAUGAUUUGCGCCAUUCGGUAUGGGGAGCUUCAAAAACCAUGACUGUAAUUUGAGGGGAUGCAAUAUUUCUUCUCUUUUUUGUCUGUUCAGCUGAUUUAGAUAUACAUUGUAGCGGGUCGUUCUCCUACCACGUCAAAUUCAGAUUUCCACUUGGGUGGUUAUGGUAAGCACACCAGGGCUGGGUUUAAAGGCCUCAGGGCAAGUGUGUAUCAGACUUUUAGGCUAUUUAUUGAUUCAUUUUCCCGCCAAAAAAAGCUAAAAGACCAAUCAGAGAAGAGUACUGGGAUUUCCAACCAAUAAACAGUUCAGGUGAAGGCGAAAUGACAAGCUUAGGCACUUGAACCCAUUCAUGGGGUAGUCAUUCAACUUUAUCUUCGAGUUCGCCUUCAGGUUCUAGCUAAAAAAUGAUUUCCUAAGUGAUGAAUGCACCAAGCGUUUGUUUUCCGGCAGGAGAAAUCUAGAAAUAGACUGAGUCGCAGUAAAUGAAGGCUCCAAGGUGAUUUGCUUCUUUCACGUAUUAUGAUUGUAUACUACUUUAGCUAAUCAAUUUUUCUAUCUUAACUGACGUGGUGAGAGUAAAACUCAAAGGUUGAUAGUCAUUUUCGACCUGCGUGGAUUGGUACUUCUCCAUUUGCCGAAGGACUGUCCUACCGAAGCUCCUAAAAUCGUUUCCCUUGAUUAUAAAACUUGUCACAAUCUCCUUUUCCCAUGUCCCAUUGAGUUAAUUUUAAUUGUUUUUGCCUUUAUUUGAGAGGUACUGGUGUGCUUAACACAUUUUUUCAUGGCCUAUUGCUAUGAUGGCCAAUGCUUCCUUUUCUUUUGGCAUGGAGGAAAGGUGUAUUACCCUUAAAGGUUUAAUCAGUGCGUCUUGAUGAUUCUCCUUGUUCGCCGUCUUUUUUUUCGUUAUUUUCUUCAUGAUCAGUUUAGGUUUCUUAACCCUUUAUUCAACUGCCAACCUGCAUAAAGCGGUCAUUUGGCCAUUCCCGAAGGUAAUAGGUGUGACUGAUAAAUUUCAUCGUGUGUCUACGCCUGAAAUUAAUGUGCAUAUUGCAGGGCCCAGUUGUUCGAAAGGAUAAAUCUUUAUGCAAUGGAUAGCGCGAUUGGUUUCCCUAAUACUUAUUUAUUCGCUGAAGUGUAAUUUACCGGUGGAUGGCCGAAUUUCGAAUUGGUUUCCAAACUUUCUUGGAUUUACACGGUACAAUUUUACCGCGAGCGAUUUGCUUGUAGUUAAUUGCGAUAAGCAUACGUCAUCCAUUGGCUAGUUUCACGGGCAGCUUAGAGUCAUGUCGAGGGUUUCUUGCAAGGGCUCAUUAACAUUGCAUGCGACAAAAAUAUGCCGUACAUCAAAUAGCCCAGUUUCAUUCACAGGAAACGGUGGAGGAAUGGAAGUCUGGCUGAAAGUUGUUCCUGUUCUUGCCACGCUUCUUGUGGUUCUGAUACUGGUGAUCAUCAUUGUAAAGUGGCGGCAAAACAUACUAAAUAGGAAAAUGGCUAGACUCGCUCAGCAAUGUGAGUGUCAUAAUUAGUGGAACUCAAUUCAUGUGCGUUCGGAGAGCAGGGGCAGCCAGUUGGCACGACGAACGGGAUUUUUGUGGGCGAAAAUUCUUGUUAAGCUUUCGCCCGUGAAAAUUCCUUCGUCCCGACUGGCUGCCCUUGUUUUCCAAGUAUCUUAUUCAUUUGGGUCAACAAAACAGUGCAUUGUAAACGUGUAAAUGAGCUUCAGUCAGAGGUUAAUCACAGUUUUGUCGUGGAAAUAAAAACAAAAAAAGCAUGUUUAUUCUUGACCACUUACACUGUUGAAUUUCAUGUUUGGCAAAGAAAUAAAUCGCGUAACCUGGUUUACAGACGAGAGACAGUGCAUCGCAAAGGGCUGCAAACCUGCCUGCCUUGGGUGGAAACUGAACUCUUGCACUAACACUUGAGCCCAUUCUUUCCUUGAACGAAAUUUGACCAUAAAUGGAUUUGAUUGGCCACCGUGGAUACUGUCGUGAGCAGAAAGCUCUUACGGAAUCCUUGACAAAACUCCGUUAGAAUUCCAGUAAAACCUCUGCCUACACUUACACUUUCCCGUAGGCAGCCCUGCUCGGACACUAUCAAAGGAUAUGGUAUCAGUAUUCUCGCACAGCUCUCCAUCCGUUGAUCACACAGUGCACUGACAUCACUGUGUUAUUUGUUGUGAUAAGUCCAAGGACAAUAAAACAAAGCGAAUAACAUUGUAGUAUGGGGGACGUUUCUCUCAUUACAGGUCGUCACUUUUCUUUAUAUUGCUUAUUGGUUGCUUACGGGAUCAUUGCCAGUUAGUCACGGACACUUUUCUCAGGCUUUCCGUGGGUGAUGUCCGCUGACAGGGUAAAGAAUUUCAACCGUUCUUCAUUUUUCGUUAACAGAUGAGCAAGAAAACUUCUAUCAUGCAUUUGAAAACGACGUGUUCGUCUCAUACAGCUUCGAAGACUACGAUUGGGUAGUAGAAACUCUUCUACCAGUGCUUGAGAAAAGAAACGUCAAGUACAUCGUCCGUUCGCAAGAUUUCAAACCAGGCAAAGGAUUUUACGACAGCAUGGUCAAUAGCGUGUAUAACAGUCGAAAAGUGCUUUUGGUCAUGUCCGCAAACUACUUCUCCAACGAUUUCUGUAUGGAAGAAAUGCAGAUGGCACUGUACAGAUCAGCAGAACGUGAUGAUGAUUCGCUGAUUCUGGUUCGAAUCGACAACACCGAAAUCAAAGACAUACCAAAGACUCUUCGACACAAGACGUUCAUUGACUUCACCAGCAGAGAGGAAGUGGCCACGUGGCAGAACAGGAUUCUUGAAAGCGUUGUCUCUGAGGACAGGUCAACUUUGAAUGGGACUCCCCACGAAUGGACGGAUAGUACGAGGGCCUCUGAUACGUUCCAGCUCAUUCUGUAAGCUCUCAAGCUAAAAAGGAAGAACAAAACGGACGAUCCCAAGGAUCUUACAUAUCAGGCUCAGAGAUUUUAGGGUGUGUUAUAACUGGAGCAGAUUGAUUAGAUCAUGACAUCACUUUUAGAUUCAUAGUUUUGAUAGAGUUGUUAGCUCACGGUCGCACAUGGCUUCUUUCGAACAUAAUUGAAAUUGAAAUUUUCUUUUUUUUCUCAGUCUCCUUAAGACGUUUUUUUCACACCUGGCAGUUAAAGCUAAGUCACACAGCUCUGCUCGUAAGUCUUGUAUCUUUUCGUUUCUAUAAGGGCUCCAAGUUUUUCCAUAUUUCCUUUCUCUUACGUGAUUCCCCUCGCCCUCCAUGGGUCCCUGAAAAACAAGAUAUUUUUUAAAAAAUAUUUGUUGAUGUAACAGUCGGUGCCCGUGGCACCAGUCAGAAAGAAGGCCUGGUGGGGACGGGGAUUUCAUCGCGGGUCCGCAAUGAAAAGUCGAUCAGCGAUUAUAUAUUUUUUCGAAUGUGUGCUACCCUCAAAUUUUACUUAUUUGUACUCCUUUAAAAUACACUUAUAAGGUUUGCAGUUAACGUUUCUUCUUUAAAAAUUUAUAACCAGCCUUAUUCUCAUUCGCCCUCGGCGAUUUCGAAUGUGUCGUCACCUGUCAAGCUUGUCGGGAGAAUAGACCUCUUUUAGCUUGUAAGUUCUGUUUUCCAAUACAGGUCAUGUGAUAGUACUCUAAAGAACUGUUUCUUUCAAAUGUCGUCUUAUUCACGUGCAUAUGUACGCAUAAUUUAUGACAAAAGACAAAGGGCCAAGUUCUUCUAGGACCGUCUGUUGGGAAAACAAAACAUACAAGCUAAAGAGGUCUACCGUAUUUAUUCGAUUAACCGCCCUAGGCGCUUAUUAAAUUUUUGGACCUUGAGAGUGGGCGCUUUUUCGAGGUGGGCGCUUAUUCGAGGCUGGGCGCUUAUUAAAUUUUCACCAUUCUCAGCAAGUGUAGUAGUAUAUUUUGUAACAAAACAGUAAAUGCUAAUAACAAAAAGGGAAGAUGUGACAAAGCAAGGUUUUUGUACAAUACCCUGAAGAAAACUCCGUCUUCGGGAGGGUCUCUUAUUAUAUCUUAUUGGAGUUUUUGUGGUAGGGAGUGGGGUGGGGUGGGCGCUUAUUCGAGGUCGGGCGCUUAUUAACUUUUUCUGCCUUUAGGAUGGGCGCUUAUUAGAGGUGGGCGCUAUUUCGAGGUUGGGCGCUUAUUUGAAUAAAUACGGUAUUCAUUUUCGCGCUCGGUUCUAAGCCCCCUGCUUCCCCCUCCCUCACUACUCGUAAUCAGCGCCAGCAGGCGUGGGGACGAGGCUGGAAUUUAACCCCUUUUUCCUCUUCAUUGAGUACGUCACCCGCUGCCUAAAAGAAAUAGAAAACUGUCACAAGCAUUAGUUCAAAUACCAUGUGAAGUGUCGUCAACGAAUCAUUGCAAAAUAUCCAACCCAAGAGAGGCGGAAUGGCUCUAACAUACCUCGUGCAUCUCUCCAUUAUUACUUAGGUGUAAAAAGGGUGAGAAAAAAGCACAUAAUAUA